AUGGUGUCGACUUGUGCAAGUCAACAUUUAACAAAAGAUGACGCCGAAUUAUCGACCAUCAGAAUGAAAAUCGAUGGGCGAAAUGUUUCACUCCCGGAGAUCGUCGAGGCGCUUCGAUUGAAGAAAGUGCUUGAGAAUACGAUCAAAAGCCAGCCAGAAAAAGAAAAGCCGAUCCAGAGACGAAAACAAAAAUGGAGGCCAUCUUUUCGCCAAACUCGUUGGACGGUUCUCGUGAUGAUGUGGUCGGUGUCAAUCCUUUACUUCACAAUACUCUGGCACCGCGACUCUUUUUGUCAUCGACUCGUCACGAAAAAGGAGCUC